CAAGUUCAACGAACAAUGUUAUAAAGCUCACUGAACCAAUCUCAGACAGAAGAGCAAAACGACCAAAGAGACAUGGCGCUUGUACCCUCGGACCCCGUGUUCGCGGAGGUCGACAUGGGAGCCGACUCCUCCGCACCCACGGUCCGAGCCACCGUGGUCCAGGCCUCCACUGUCUUCUACGACACCCCUGCCACUCUAGAUAAGGCUGAAAGGUUGCUGGCUGAAGCGGCUGGGUACGGAGCCCAGCUGGUAGUGUUUCCAGAAGCAUUUGUGGGUGGCUAUCCGCGUGGUUCCAAUUUCGGUGUUACCAUUGGGAGCCGAACAGCAAAGGGAAAAGAGGAGUUCCGCAAGUAUCAUGCUUCGGCCAUCGAUGUACCUGGUCCUGAAGUUGACCGGUUAGCUGCAAUGGCUGGAAAGUAUAAGGUGUAUUUGGUGAUGGGUGUGAUAGAGAGGGAUGGAUAUACACUCUAUUGUACUGUUCUAUUUUUUGAUUCUCAAGGUCGUUACCUGGGAAAGCACCGGAAAGUCAUGCCAACAGCAUUGGAGCGUAUCAUCUGGGGGUUUGGAGAUGGAUCAACAAUUCCAGUUUUUGAAACUCCAAUUGGAAAAAUAGGUGCUGCCAUUUGUUGGGAAAACAGAAUGCCUUUGCUAAGGACAGCGAUGUAUGCUAAAGGCAUUGAAAUAUAUUGUGCACCUACGGCUGAUGCCAGGGAGGUAUGGCAAGCAUCAAUGACCCACAUCGCUCUUGAGGGUGGAUGUUUUGUUUUAUCAGCCAACCAAUUCUGUCGAAGGAAAGAUUACCCACCUCCCUCAGAGUAUGAAUUUUCAGGCACAGAAGAGGGCCUCGCACCAGAUUCUGUUGUCUGUGCUGGAGGCAGUGUCAUUAUAUCACCCUCAGGGACUGUUCUGGCAGGACCCAACUAUGACGGGGAGGCACUCAUCUCAGCAGAUCUAGAUCUGGGUGAAAUAGCUCGGGCAAAAUUUGAUUUUGAUGUUGUUGGACACUAUUCAAGGCCAGAAGUCCUAAGCUUGAUUGUGAGGGACCAUCCAACAAAGCCAGUUACUUUCACAUCAGCAUCAGAGAAAACUGAAGGCUAGUUAAUUGUAUAACUUUCACCAGCCAGCAAUUAGUACACUUCUGCAAAAUGUAGGCCUUGUCAUCAAUCGAAGGACACUAGUUUUGACACCAUCUUCUUUACUGUUGGCAGACUUAUGGUCCAUGUUGUGUCUUCCUUCAUAAACAAUCCUUUUCUUGCAUACCAUAUGUUGUUCUGGUGUUAUUACAAGUUAUAUUUGGCUUA